AUGGCAAUGCAGUCUGUUUAUAAACUUGAAUUCGCUGCAACAUCUGAUGGAAAUCCUGGGAAGUCAGGAGCUGGAAUAGUAUUGUGCAGGCCUGAUGAUUCUCUGGUCUGCAAACUGAUGGUUGGCUUAGGUACAAUGGCGAAUGCGCGAGCAGAUUUGCAUGCUUUAAUAUUAGGGCUCAGAGCAUCUUUGGAUAGAGGCAUAUAUCACAUUGAAGUUUCAGGGCAAUUUGCAUUGAUCAGUGGGUCGCAAGAGCACUUAUCUGAUAAAGAUGCGACGGAUUUAGAAAAAGAGGCAGAUACACUUAUUAAUACAUUCAAAUUAUUGUUGGUCAAAUACAAACCAAAUGUUUGUAUAACUGCUUCUUCCUUGGCCAAGAAAGCUGUUGGACUUCCAGAUGGAUGUGUGAAGAAAAUAAAUCAAGAUCACCAAGACGGGAGACUCAAAGACUUUGGAGACUGGUACCGGUAUUGGUAUGGCUAAUUUUCAAAAAUAGGAGACGGGUACUUGGAGAUGCCAAUUUUUUUUUAAUAUAAUUUAAUAAUUUUCAAAUAAUAUCAUAACAAUGUAACAUAGAACUUUGAAAACAAGAGCAAUGGUAAAGUAGUAGUUUUAACAUUAACUAAGAACUUUAUAAUUUUAAUAGACAAAUCAAAAUGUCAAAUCUGAAAUCACAAAUGUCAUUGUGUCAUAUAUAUUAUAGUCAAAGUGUUGAAAAUUUACACUACAUAUCUGAUAUCUCAUUUAGAUUAUCAUUACAUAUUGAAAUUCAAAAAUUGAUAAUUUGAUGCUGAUAUGCAGAAAAAUAAAAAAUAAAAUAAAAAUAAAUAAAUAAAUAAAAAAAUCUAUCA